CAUUUGUAGGUGUGGCGUUAGAAAACUAAACAGCUAAUGGAGGGGUGGCGCACACGAUUGAAAGGAAAGUCCAUUCCCUAUAUAAAGGGUUGUUUUCUGACAUUAUUAAACAGAACGUAUCUUAUUUAUCUACCUUAAACAUUGUCAGUUUAGACAUGAGGGUCUUGAUUUGUUUACUUCUUGUCACGGUUGCGUAUGCCGUAGAAGACAAGGCAGAUGACAAGAAUGUUAAAAAACGUGGUCUCCUCGGUCUUGGUUAUGGAUAUGGAGGUUAUGGAGGAUAUGGAGGACAUGGGGUACAUGGAAUAGUUGAUGGUGGUUGGGCACAUGGAGGUUGGGCUCAUGGUGGUUGGGCAAAUGAUCAUCACACAACUGUUUUGACUAAAACUGUCGCUGUCCCACAUGCCGUACCUGUUCAUGUUCCAGUUCAUGUCCCUGUUGAUCGACCAUAUCCAGUAAAGGUACCAGUCGCUGUCCCCAAACCCUAUCCAGUGGCAGUUCCUGUACCUCAACCCUAUCCAGUUGUACACACCAAAACAGUAGCAGUUCCAGUUCAUGUUGACAGACCAGUUCAUGUUCCCGUUCCUGUCAAGGUUGCCGUUCCAGCCCCAUAUCCCGUUAAAGUUCCAGUUCAUCACACGGUUCCAGUUCCAGUUGCUGUUCCACAUCCUGUGGUCGUGAAGGAAACAGUUCCUGUUCUUGUUCACGGUCAUGGUCACGGUCACGGUCACUAUGAGCAGAGAUCACACAGCGGAUUAUUGUGUCGAAAAUCUUCUAGUUCGGAUAAAAGGAUCGCAAGGUCACUUCAGAAUCGGGGGUCCUCGCAAAAUUCUUCAGUUGCAAAUCAAGACAUCAGCAUCAUGGAUUCCAAGUUUUUAGUUCUCUUUGCACUUCUUGCUUUGGCUUUUGCUGAAGAGGUGAAGAAGGAGGAAGAGAAGAAACCCGAUGACAAGGCAAAACCAAAAAGAGGGUUAAUUGGACUCGGUUACGGUUACAGUGAUCUUACUUACGCAUCAAUACCUGAAAUUUCCACAUAUCAAUUAAGUGAACCCUCAACUCACACUCACACUGUUAUCACUAAGGAAGUAGCGGUUCCCGUUCCGCAACCUAUUGCUGUACCUGUUGAAAAACAUGUACCAUACGCCGUCAAGGUUCCAUAUGCUGUACCAGUCGAUAGGCCAUACCCAGUUCAUAUACCAAAACCAUAUCCAGUAGAAGUGACCAAACACGUUGCAGUGCCAGUUGAUCGUCUAGUACCGUAUGCUGUCAAGGUCCCAGUUAAAGUUCCAGUUCCAGCCCCAUAUCCAGUAAAGGUUCCUGAACCUUAUGCAGUCCCUAUUGUAAAGCAUGUUGCUGUGCCCUACCUAGUUGAAAAAAAUACCCAACCCUUAGUAGUUGAAAAACACACCCAACCAUUAAUAGUUGAGAAACAAACUUACACCUCUGGCUGGAAUUAAAUUUUUAAAUAAAUAUUGAGGCCUACUCGGAUGGGAUUGAAUUUUUCAAGAUCAACGAUCUCAGGAAAUUGAUAUAAUCUUAAUUUUUGUGAUGAAAGAAAAAAAAAUAAAUUUCAAGGAACAUUAAAAAUAAUUAUUGCGACUUGUAAAAAAAACCACUACUCUUAAUUAUGACUGAGAAUCUGUGUGAAUUGAAAUAAAAAUACACAUUUCUCUUUAUGUUUUAUUAAUUUUUAAGGUAACAUCUUUUUUGGAGAGUUCAAGAAAAAACGUGUUGAUAUCGUAAAAUUUUUUUAUAUUCUUGUAAUGUACCUAUAUAUUAAUAAUUAAUCACAUUUUCACUAUUGUUAUCAAUCGACCUUCAUUUUGACAAACAUUUUUCCUGUCCAAAUGCUUAUGGUGAAAUCUAUAAAACAAGAAUAUCUUUUCUAUUGCGCUAGAUUAAUGUUUUUACUUGAACUUUCAUUGUCCUGUAUUAUUGACUGGAAUUUAUUUUCGUUUAAAUAUACAAUUUUCGUAUAAAAUUA